AUGGCCGUGAGCGCGGCGGCCGCCCCCGCCGCCGAGCCGCUGCCCCGCAGCAUCUUCAAGAAGUUCCUGGUGAUGCUCUGCUCCCUGCUCAUGUCCCUCUACGUCUUCUACUGCCUGGCUGACCGCUGCCAGACGCUGCCCGGACCCAUCAUCGCCGCCGGCGCCGCGUCGGAGGAGGACGAGGGCGGCGGCGGCGAGUUCCUGGGCGGCUCGGCCGAGCUGCCCCCCUGGCAGGCGGCGGCGGCGCGGCGCAAGCGGCUCCUGCAGCGGCUGAAGCAGCGGCGGCGGCGGCAGGAGGCGGCGCCGGGCUCCGAGGUGCCGGCCGGGGGCGGCGGGAGCCGAGGUGCCGGCGGCUCGGGCGGCGGGGCGGGCACGGCCGGCACCCUGGCUCUGCUGCUGGGCGAGGGCAGCAAGCGGCUGCCGCAGGCCAUCAUCAUCGGCGUCAAGAAGGGGGGGACGCGGGCGCUGCUGGAGUUCCUGCGGGUGCACCCCGACGUGCGCGCCGUCGGUGCCGAGCCCCACUUCUUCGACCGCAACUACGAGCGGGGACUCGCCUGGUACAGGGAGCUGAUGCCCAGGACACUGGAGGGGCAGAUCACCAUGGAGAAGACCCCCAGCUACUUUGUCACCAAGGAGGCCCCAGCCCGCAUCUCCUCCAUGUGCAAGGGCACCAAGCUGAUCGUGGUGGUGCGGGACCCCGUCACCAGAGCCAUCUCGGACUACACCCAGACGCUCUCCAAGAAGCCUGACAUCCCCACCUUUGAGAGCCUGACCUUCAAAAACAGGACUACAGGCCUCAUUGACACCUCGUGGAGCGCCAUCCAGAUCGGCAUCUACGCCAAGCACCUGGAGAACUGGCUGCUGCACUUCCCCAUCGGGCAGAUCCUCUUCGUCAGCGGGGAGAGGCUGAUCCGCGACCCCGCGGGGGAGCUGGGCAGGGUCCAGGACUUUCUGGGCCUCAAGAGGAUCAUCACGGACAAACACUUCUACUUCAACAAAACCAAGGGCUUCCCGUGCCUGAAGAAGGCAGAGGGCAGCAGCAAACCCCACUGCCUGGGCAAGACAAAAGGCAGGACCCACCCUGACAUCGACCAGGAGGUGGUGCAGAGGCUGCGGGACUUCUACAGGCCCUUCAACAUGAAGUUCUACCAGAUGACAGGGCAGGACUUCGGCUGGGACUGAGGCUGGAAGAAAUAAUUUAAGAAAAGGAAAAUAUAAUAUAAUAUAUAUCUAUUUUUUUUACCUAUCAGUAGAGAGGCUGGGGGGGGAAAUACGGGAAAAAAAAUAAUAAUAGCUGUGCUGAAACACACUUUGCUUUUUUUCUUUUUUUUUUUUUUUUUUUACACUGCUUUGUUUCCUUUCUUGUCUCAGAGAAGAAGGGUUGUGUAGACCAGAAAAGGAGGUUGUGGAGGACAGCCUGGUCCUCCUGACACCAGCAGCUUCCCUCAGUGGGCACAGCCUCUGGAAAAAACACAGGUGCAAAGUUUUCAGCAGUGACAGGGGUGCUUGGGGUAGCUCAGAGCCUUCCUGAAAGUUCAGCCAGGUUUUGGUUGCAAGGGCCAUUUUGGCCAGACCUCACCACUUUUGACAAUAAAACAAAGGUGGCUUAAUACCUAAUUUGGCUUUCCAAAUGUUACCUUGGGGGAUUUUUUAUUGCAUGAAACAUUUGGUGAAUUUUGCUUCCACUUAUCCAAUUUUUUUUUGUUUUACUUUUACCCCCCUUAAAUCAAGCUCUUUUCAUCAGCCAAGCUUAUUUUUCCUCUUAAGGAAGCCAAAACCAAUAAUCCUUUGUUUUGUUUUGAGAGAAAAUAAUUUUGGUAGCCAAAAGUGAAAGAACACAAAUGAUUCUUUUGACUCUCUAAUGAAAAUUGCCAGGUAGUCAAAAGCCUCAUUCACAGGAGCUGGCUCUAAACCAGGGCUCCCCAUUGCCUCCCUUUUGCUCCUCUGACUGCAAAAUGGUGUUCUGAGGGGUUUUCUUCCCUAAGAGGGGCCCAUCUGAAGGGAUUUUGGGGAUGGGAAGGAGGUUUCCCACUGAGAUGAUGCUCAUGGCACACCCUGAAGGUGUUUGGGGUACCCACCCUCCCACCAGGCAUGUGCAGGAAACUUCUUGGUGUCCAAGACGUGGGGUAAGCCAUAAUGAUGAAUGCUUUGAGUUGGGCCAGUCUUAAAUAGGCUGGAGGAAGGGUUGGUUGGGAAAAGGUGAGCAAGAAUCAUGUCCAGAAAAAGGAAUGAGAAAACAAUAGUUCUUUCCUGAAGGAGAACUGGCUGUGUCCCCUCCCAGCAGGGUCAGCUCUCCUGGCUGUGUCCCCUCCCAGCAGGGUCAGCUCUCCUGGCUGUGUCCCCUCCAUCAGGGUCAGCUCUCCUGGCUGUCCCCUCCCAGCAGGGUCAGCUCUCCUGGCUGUGUCCCCUCCCAGCAGGGUCAGCUCUCCUGGCUGUGUCCCCAUCCAUCAGGGUCAGCUCUCCUGGCUGUGUCCCCUCCCAACAGGGUCAGCUCUCCUGGCUGUGUCCCCUCCCACAGGGUCAGCUCUCCUGGCUGUCCCCUCCCAGCAGGGUCAGCUCUCCUGGCUGUGUCCCCUCCCAGCAGGGUCAGCUCUCCUGGCUGUCCCCUUCCAGCAGGGUCACCUGUCCUGGCUGUGUCCCCUCCCAGCAGGGUCAGCUCUCCUGGCCGUGUCCCCUCCCAGCAGGGUCAGCUCUCCUGGCUGUCCCCUUCCAGCAGGGUCAGCUCUCCUGGCUGUCCCCUUCCAUCAGGGUCAGCUCUCCUGGCUGUCCCCUUCCAGCAGGGUCAGCUCUCCUGGCUGUCCCCUCCCAGCUCCUGGUGCCCAUCCAGGAGGAGCAGGAGAAGCCUUGAUGCUGUGUCAGACCUGCUCAGCCCCAAUGAAAACACCCCUGGGUUGUCAGUGCUGUUCCCAGCACAAAUCCAAACCACAGUGCCACGAACAAACUGAGCCCUACCCCCCCAAAACCAGCAGACAGAUACAAACAUCCCUUUCCAGUGUGAUGGUUUAAAAAUCAAUACAGUUAUGCUGCUGUUUUCUCCCACACAGUCCCAUUUGCACUGCCAUAAAGCAGCUUUAUAGGGCCACAGACUGCUCUCCCCACCUUGCACAAGUGCAGCAGCACCAAGCAUUUUUCACAGCUGAAAUCUGCACCUGCCACCAGAUCCCUGCCAUUAAAUCAGCAGAGCCUUGAGAUGUGCACAAGCCCAUCAAAUGUGCCUUUAAAAACUCCUCCCAGCACAUCAAGGAAUACUUUCCCCUAAAUGCUUCAGUUUCCAGGGGUUUGAAUGCCUUGUUGCACACCUUGUAAAGCUAUUUAGGGAUCUGGGGCUCUGAUUGAUUGGUUUUGAUCUGGGCCAUAAGUAGUUUUGAAAAUCCCUCCACAUAUGAACAAUGGCUUUUAAAAAGAGGUCAUGCAACCAAAUUGCUUUGAACUCUAAUAACAUUUAAGCCUCUAAACUCUUUAGGCUUAUUUGAAAAUCCAGCCAUGAAGUUUAGAUUAUUUUAACCUAAGAAGAAUUGGAGGUAAACUAUUGAAAACCACAUCCCUCCUGGGCCUGCAGUGCUGAGCAUGUGUAUUGGAGGAGAAAUCAAAAGUAGCUAUAAAUAAAAAGUGUUUUUCUUUAAAAAAAAAAAAAGGCAGAAAAAUCUAAACAUUAACUAUGAGAAAAUAAUUAGGUUAUUAAAGUGCUUCUGGUCUCAAUAAUCAAAUUUGCCAUUAGGCACUGAUGAAGCUCAAGCUUAUCCACAACACAACAUUUGGAUUUUAGAACAAAAUCCAAAAUUUUGAUUUGUUUUGAGGGGGGAAAAAAAACCAACCCACACCGACCUUUCUAUCAGCAUCAGGUGCCAAACUGAUGAUAAAUUUUACACAAUGAGGGUGGUGAGGCCUGGGCUGCCCAGAGUGGUGGAUUCCCCAUCCCUGGAAGUGUCUGAGGCCAGACUGGAUUUACAGCAGCCUGGGAUGGUGGAAGGGGUCCCUGGAAUGAGAUGAGCUUUGUGGUGGGUUCCGACCCAAACCAUCCCCUGGUUCCCUGAUCUUUGAGGAGACAGACACAGCCACAGAAGGCAGCACAGCUCUCCUGCACUGAGACCUCAGGAGUGUUUCCUGGGAGGUGCUGAGCACCAGCAUUGCCCCAAAGCCCUCAAAAAUCAUUUUUCCCCCUCUGCUGUUGACAUGCUUUGGCACAGGCUCGUAGAGCCCAGCUCAUUGGGGUGAGAUCUCCCUUUAACCCACCAGCAGCAGCUUUCAGACAGACCUGGAGGGUGGGGAAGCUCUUUGCUCUCUUUUUCCACUGAAUAAAAAAUCAGAGAAAUGAUGUUUUCUUUACCUGUGCAGUCUGGCAAGGCAAUACCAGGUGUGUCUGCUGCUGUGAAAUCCAUCCCUGCCGUUCCUGGCAGGGCAGGGAUGGGGCUGCUGUGCCCCUGGUGUCCUUGGUGCUGAUUUUGUGCCACGGGGAAUUUCCUCAGCUGCUGUGGAAGUGCUGCCACUCCAUGAUCUACAGAGAUAAAAGGAGUUUAUUCACCAUGGGGAUCAGCCUGUGAGACUCCUCUGCCUGAUGCCAGGGUGGUGCAGCACUAAGGAGUCAAAUUCCCAGCAGGAUUUGGCCUUUCCUGCCCUGCACAGGGUGAUUCUGCCUUGCCCUGGUUCCCAGCUCUCCCACAUACACACUUCACACCAUCAAGUCUCCAGGUGAAGGGGAGACAUUGCCCAUUUUCCUAACCAUUAAAACAUUCCUUGAUUGUCUGCAGCAGCUUCUGGGUUUUCUCUCCUCCCUCCCCUUCCCUUGGUGAUACUGUCAUCCUUCUCCUUUUGGUGCUAUUUCAGUGUGGAAAAAAAAAAAAAAAAGAAUUUAAUUUAAUUUGAGAAUGAAAAAGCACACAUUUAAUAAAGUUUACGGGUACUGA